AUGGCGCUGCUGGAAAGUUCCUUCGACCAAGAUGCACAUGUUCGGGUAGCGAUGAAGUACCUGGAAGAGAAGAAGGUGAAGACGUUGCUUCGUGAUUUAACGCAGUCGCUUCUCCUCGCUCAGCCAGCUGAUCCCAGAAAGCACAUCUUGGAAGAGUUGUGGGAGACUUCGGAGACUUCGGGCAAGUGCUGCAGUAGCAAGAGCCUGAAUGCCGCAAGUGCGUUCCUGAAGACUUCAGCGACGUCUGCUCGGCAAGCUGUGCACCACUUUCUCCGCAGCAUGAAGGAUGCCUUCGGAGAUGUGCAGAGUUUGUCCUUCUUCUCAGCUCCAGAGGGCCGGGGCCGCCGUGUCCUGGGGCUGGGCGAUGCGCAGAAGCUUCUUGGCCCAGACUUCUUCCUGGUGGACAGUAGUGACGAGCAAAGUACUUUGGGAGAGUCAGGUUCCAGCGCGGUUGCGGAAUGCCUGGCCUCUGCACUGGCAAAUGGUUCUGCUGCUGCCGGGACGCGCGUCAGAAUUGUCGACAUGGAGACACAGCUUGGACACCUCUUUGCCAGGCCGCUGGUGGCCGCCGCGUGCCGAUCCAUGAUGGUCCGAAACUUCUGCGCAGCCGGACUUGGGACCGUGCUUCUGGUAAUAGGCUGUUGCACCGGUGCAAAGUGGCCAGCACUUUUCAGCAUUGUCCUGCUGGCCGCAGGGUUCAGGGGCCUGCCUGGCGGGACUCCCUUUCGAAAUGCGGAAACAGAGGCCGGGUUCUAUGCCAAUGUUGGAGGGGCACAAGCGUCGCGCAACGAGAGAAUUCGCCGGGCAAUGCAGGCUUGGAUGCAGAGCUUUGUUCCAUGUCCGUGGCAGAGAUCCGGUGAGCUUUGCACGAUCUUGCCGUACAUUCUCAACGGCGAGCGGUUUGGGAAGCUGAAGUAUGAGCGAUUCUGGCUGUCUGGCGAUGAUGGCGAAAGCUUCGCCAAUGAUUGGGUCUUUCCUCCUGGCGGCUUCGACCCGGCUCGCCCUGUUGUGGUGCUCCUCACUGGACUUGCUCCCACGAAACACUGGACAGAAGCAGCCGGCUUCAUUGCCGACGCGGCAGGGCAUCUAUCACACCGUGCCAACAUCACGGUGGUUAUUUUGGUUGCUCGAGGAACCAUGGAUACCCAAGUCAACGCAAAUCUGUUUCAUGGCGCUCGUCUGACGGACCUCCGGCGCCUACUUGAAUGCGUGAAUCAGUGCCUGGCUGCAGUUUCUGGUGCACUAGGUGUACCAAAGCCACCUGUGUUCGCAGCCGGUUAUUCCAUGGGUGCCAUCAUUCUUUCCAAUUACUGUGGACGCUUUGGUCAAGAUCCGCUGCUGGAGGGUGGCAUCCAUUUCUCCGGCAUACAUGAUGCCGUGAUGAACAUGAAGUUUGAGUACUCCCAGGACACCUGGCAGGCUGCCUUGGCAUUCAGCUUGAAGAAGACCUUCUUCCAAGCCAAGUACAUCGAAGAGGCGAGGCGGCGAGGUGUCGAUGUUGGCCGAGUGCUGUCGAGCAAGGUUGCCAGCAUCGUUGAUGUCGACAAGGACUUUGUUUCGAUCUACAACGGCUACGGUGGCCUAUUGGAUUACUAUCAGGAUCUAAGCCUUGCAGCAGAAGACAAAUGGAGGAAUGUCAGCAUACCUCUCCUCGCCGUUGCUGCCCGUGAUGAUCCCAUAACGCACUGCGACAGCUUGAGGACCAAGGAGUUCUUCGUCGAGAAUGAAAACCUUCUCUUCCUCAUCACAGACAGAGGAGGUCAUGUUGGUUGGCCAAAAGGCCUGCAGCCCUGGCGCCACGGCUGGGACUUCAUGAACGAGGCGGAUGCACGUGGCCAUGGAGCUCCAGUCCAGUGCUUCGAAGAAGCUGGAUUGUACGUCUCAGAAAGCAAGCCUGCUAGCUGGAAGAUUUGCACUCAGCGCUUUUCCCAGCUGCUGCCCGCAGAUGCCGAGAUGCUUCUGCAGAAUACUGCAGAGAACAUGCAGAGUAGUGUGGAGGGCGUCUUGCUUGCUGAGCUCAGUACGCCUGCGGAGGCAAGUGAAACGCCUUCGACUUUACAGCUGUAUGCUCUCCUUCUGGCAGAGCGCCUCAAUUGUCUCCACUGGGAGGGUGAGGCGCGGCGGUCUGCGGCCGUGGUUGAGAGCCUGCUGCAAGGAGUGGAGGUUCUCGCCAAGUCGUCUGACGAAUGGGAACGUCACAUCCAAUCUGCCGCCGAGGUGCCCAAAGAGGUCCUCAGAGGUGGCGUGGAGCUGCCAGAAGCCGCGGUUUGGCAGGCUGACAGGUUGGGCUCCUUUGUGAAUCUAGGCGCGCAAAAUCGAAGCAGUCCCAGUGCUUUGACAGCGGAGGCCUUCACCAUCUAUCCUGAAGAUGGUGGGCGGGUCAUCUGUGCAGAGGGCUCGUGGACUGGUUCUGGGGGCAUGUCAACUUCCUCAAGGGAAAUCUGCGUUGUGCUACAUGGAAUCGGCAAGCCGACGGUGCUGGAUUUUUCCGAUGAUCUCAGCACGAAGAAGGCGUUGGAGCCGCUGAGAUUGGAUCACUUUGACAUCGUUGCGGCAGAGUCGCUAUGUGAGUCAUCCUUGCGGGCAGCACUGCAGGCCCAGUCGAUGCUGAAAGAGCUGUCUCUAAGAAAGCACUCAGCGGAACAAAUGCAGUCCUUGGUCUCCGAGCUCAGCAUGGCUUCAAGCACAGCAGACUUGGUGCAGACCCUCGAAAAGGCAGUGCAGGCAGUGACACAGUCGAGCAAGUGCAUGGUGUUCUUCAUCGACGAUGAAGAGGUCUGGGCCCCGCCGACAGCUACCGUGCCCGAGCCAGCACGCAUGGAGAUGGACAUUGGGUUGCCGGGCAGGAUCGCGAUGUUGGCCAAGGAGCGCUCCGAGCCACUUGGUGCGUUGAAGUACAACGACCCAGCGACCUGCCCGUACUGGGAUGAGCUUGAGUUUGGCAUCGAUCAGACCGCUGGCUUCAUGAUUGCCCCCAUCAUGAGUGCGGGGAAGGAUAUGAAGCCCUUGGGCCUCAUCCUCGCAAGCACCAAGACAGCCUCUAAGUCCAAAGAGGGGGAGCUGCUGUCCAAGCUUUGGGGCCAGAUCCACGUGGAUUACACGGACCAAGAUGCGGAGUUCCUGGAGUGGCUUGCAAGUGCGGCCAGCAGCCAUCUGGAGCGCCUUUCUCUGGAUGUGAUGUGGACGCGAGCGCUUCUGGAGCGUGAAGGGGGGGACGGUGCGGUGCAGGACGAAACGGAGGACUUGCUUGUCUCAGAAUACUACACUGAAGAGGCGAUGGCUACCAGGUCCAGACUCAGAACUGACGGAAGCACUGGAAGGACUGGAAGCAAGGCGUCUGGCCUGGGUCGAGUUCACACAGUCCACAAGUUCACGAGUCAUGUCCCGACCGCACUAGACUUCGCCUCUUCAAAGGGCAUGCUGCAAUUGGUGCAAGACGUGGCGCAGAGCUGUUGCAAGGACUUGACGGCGGGUCCGCAUGUAGACGUCUCACAGUGGGAAAUCGACUACUGGGUCUUGACGUCGCAUGACCAGUUCGUGCUGCUGGUGACUUCCAUACGCCAGUUGGGCAUUCUCGACAACCUUUCCAUCGACGACGGUGUCCUCAUGCGCUUCUUUCAGGCCGUCAAGAGCGGCUACAGGUCCAUUCCGUUCCACAAUUUUCAUCACGCAAUGUCGACCACUCACUAUGCGUCGAAGAUGGCGAAGGCAGCAAACCUAUCGGCCUACUUGACGUACCCCGAGUUGUUUGCGCUGGUGAUUGGAGCCCUUUGUCAUGACCUUGAUCAUCGCGGGUAUAACAACGCCUUCGAAAUCAUGACGCGCAGCGAGCUUGCGCUUCGCUACAACGACUCGUCUCCGCUGGAGAAUCAUCACUGUGCCAGGGCCUUCGAGACAGCUCUGAACGGCAUGGACUGCAACAUCUUCCAGGAUCUUGGCCCCGAAGUUUAUAGCCUCGUCCGCAAGAGGAUGGUUGCAGGUAUCCUUGCCACCGACAUGAAGCACCACGGAGAGCACGUCAGCAUUCUGAAGGAGUUCACGCUGGGUGAGCCCUCGGAUUCGCAGAACCAGUUCCUGGUAGAGGUUCUGCUGCAUGCCGCAGACAUCAGCAACCCCUUCAUGCCUGCUGACAAGUCAAAAAGGUGGGCCGUGUGCUUGAACGAUGAGUUCUCCCUCCAGGCUGAGAAGGAAGCGGAGCUUGGCUUGCCAGUGACCUCCUUUAUGUCAGGCCUGCACGAACCGCAGGUGGCAGCGAAGUCGUUGCUGGGCUUCAUAGACUUCGUGGUCACGCCCUUCACGAGCUCGGUCUUCAGGCUGUUUCCUGACCUUGCGGAGUUGAAGAAGUUUCUGGACCAGAAUCGGGAAGCUGCCGCCGUCAUCGUUGAGGAGGCCACCAACGCCAAGGGCACUGCAAAGAAGUCAUGGCAGUCAGCGCUAUCGAGGUUGCGGGGCAGCAGAGGGACGAAAGACUCCACCGGAUCGACAAACCUCUGA